AUGACCAAACCAUUCUCCUGGCUUAUCCCUGGCCUUUUGUUAUCUCCUUUCUAUCAAAUUGCUCUAUCAUUCGAGCUACAGCCGAUAGCGUCGUCUUUGAUUGAAACCGGACGACACGCCACCAGGGAUGAUGACUUUUCCGUUCUCGAUCUUCUCAGCAGCGAAACCUUUCUUUGGGGAGGAUCUCAAAAUGGCCGAUCCGCGCUGGGUAAUCUGACAGUCCAUAUGCCAGGAGAUGCAGAGAACAUCAUUUCCAUGGAGAAGUUCCAACCCUUACUACGGUCCACGGAGUGUACCAACAAGAGCAUGACCAUGGAUUUCAAGGAUGAGAGAUCUUAUCAGUAUGGUCAGCGCCUCUGGCAAUGGGUCAACGAUGCCGAUGAACGAAGGUUUGUUUUGGUUGCCGGAAAUGGCCAUUGUGGCUGGAAUCAACAUCGGUUGCCCUUUGUCGUUUCCAACGUACUGUUCAACGAUGCAAAGAAUAUGAUCAGUGUUAUUGGAUACGUAUCAGAUUGGAAGACCGUUGCACAUACGUAUGAGUUGUUCGUUGGUGGCCACCCUUCGUCCGAGAAGCGUGAUAUUGAUAAAACCUUCUCUCUUGAUUUCAAUCACGCUUUGCCCCUGAGCAGCAAGUCCUUCUCAAUGGGAGAUUUCAAGUUCACAUAUGACUGUGAUGAUUGUGGCACCAAGGGCGAGUUUGAGUUUCAGUUUGAACUCAAGACGGAGCUAUUCAUUCCCACGGGAGUUUCGAUGACCCUGAGCCCCCAGGGAGUCUCUGCCAAUUUCAAUCCUCGUUUGGGACUAAGCGCCAAUUUCACUGGUACCAAGACCGAUGAAAUGGAGCUCGGUAAGAUUCCCAUCGACGGACUGACCAUUCCCGGAGGAAUUUUAGAUCUUGGGCCCGAGAUUGUGUUUAGCUGGGGUUAUGCGCUGGGUCCGAUCAUUGGCACUGCGGGUGUGUCAACGGGCGUCUCCAUCGGCCUCGAGGACUCGGCAGAAUUGAAGAUUGACUUGACCUCUCCAGAUUUGUCCGCGAGUGGGUGGACUCCUAAGGUUACCAAGAAGCCGAUCACCGUGGACGCUUCCAUCAGCGGUGGAAUCAAAGUCAACACUAAGGCCGCUAUGGAACUGGCAUUGGAAGCUUUGAAUACUGGAUUUGAGAUUGGCUUGGAUCUAGAGCCCUGGGCUGGAGCGACACUGACUGUGGCAUCUUCAUCCGGUGCAGUGUGCCCUGACGACCCCGAAAAUCAUCAUUUCGGCGUGAAGGUUGCACCGUCCGCCGGAGUGAAUCUGAACGUCGAAGCCUCCCAAGCAGGCGAUGAGAAUGAGCCAUUCUUGAGCAAAGCCAUUGCUUCUCUCACUAUGCCUCUUCCUUCCAUGUGUACUGGCUUUGGUGCACCUUCAAACGCAGCAGGCUCCUCGAGAAAGACGACGACCAAGGUCACGUCCACCCCUCUACCACGACCCUAUACUACUUAUUCGCCUACUACCGCCCCGCCCACUGUUGAGCCCACCACAAUAACCACUGCCACCUCUACCUAUUCCUAUUCUUCGUCAAGCGCAAUUUCAUCUAUCCCUGCAUCGAGUCCAUAUCCGUAUAUCCACAGAAAGCGCCAUAUUGAGCGAUCAAAUGGAUGA